AUGGUCGAUGUUCUCUAUUCACUUGUGGAUGUUACUCAACGAUUUGAUCAAUUAAUACUUGAUCCACUUUAUAUUCACAGUCUUGAUAUGACCUCUAUGAUGAUGAAAUCAUAUUUUGAUCGUAUUUAUUCAAUAGACAAUCAACUUGAUAGAAUUUGUCAAAAUAUCUUACCCCGAAUUCAUCAUCAAGUAAAUGAACUUAUUGUUGAACAACAUUCAAUGGAACAUGUUAUACAUGCUAUCAAUUAUUCACAGCUUUACUCAUUAUCACUUAUAGAUUUUCAAGAAGAAAUACUUCUCAACUAUUUAAUAGAUAAUACAACUCUUCGCAAACUUCUUACUGAACAAAUUACAUGUCUUAAAAUUGAUGUUAAGGAUAACACAACACCACCGCCAAUUCCUGAAAAUCUUUCGACUAUAUUUGCUUUGAUUUUAUCAUUAUGUAAAGGACUAAUCGAGUUAAAUUUUUGUCCAUUCUAUUAUCGAUUAUCAAUUUGUACUUUUGAGUUAUCAUCAACAAAUUCUCAUGUCCUUGUCUAUGUAAUUCCAUUAAUUGUUUACAUUGCUCCAUGUCUUCUUGGUUGGACUGAUGCAGGUGGAUUUAUUAGAGAUACUUGUGUAAUAUUUUAUGCAAAUACUUAUAUUCAAAUAUUUAAUACAAUUUUUGCAUUUGCAUUACCUAUUUUUCUUAAUAUCUUAGUAAUGUAUUCUAGUGUUCGUCAUGUUCGUACAAAAGCAGCUUUACAAAAAAGUCAACACUAUGUUUCAGCACGUGAAAAAUUUCAUAAAUCAUUAGUCAUUCAAUUUGUUUGUUUUUAUACUGUUUGGGCUGGACUUUGGUCACCAAAUAUUAUUGUUUAUCAAGCAUCAAUUAACAAGAAAGAUCUAAUUUAUAUUGUUGGUCUACUUAAUUAUAUCGAUGUAGCAAUAGAUCCAAUAAUUGUUGCAACAUUAGACUUUCGUCUUUGGCAUGCAUGGCGAAAACACAUAAUUCGUGUAAAAAGAAUUGUACUCUUCCAACAAAUCAGUCAUGGACAAGUUCAACCUUUAAUAGCAAAUGUCAAUACAAUUUCAGUUAAAACUCAGCGACAAAAGACAACUACUAUGUAA